UGGGUUCAGCUCAGGAAAAACAAAAAAAAAAAAAAAAACUGGAAGGGAAGAACAAGAGGCCCCUGUCUUCCACCUACUACUCUUCCUGAGAUUUCUACGCAGGAAAUUCACAAUCUUUCAUUUUUUUUAUUUGCGUCUGUCUCUAUCUUCUUCUUCCAUGGCUUUGCUACAGGGGUCGGUUUCAGGGACUUCGGCGGUUCGAUUGGGAUUCUCAUCCUCGGCGCCGUCGUCGUCUUCUACAUGUCCGGCUAGGGUUUCUUUCGGCAUCCCGGCAGAGAAGGGUCGGAGGAGGUCAUGCCGGAGAUGGACUUUCCGAGCAAUGGUGCAGCAAGCCGUGCCAGGGACUCCAUCUGUCUACGCCAAGGAAAUGGAACGCCUUUCUGCCAAGGAAUCGCUGCUUCUCGCCUUCAAGGAUGCCGGAGGAUUUGAGGCUUUAGUUACAGGGAAAACAACCGAUGUGCAAAGGAUCGAUGUGCACGAGAGGAUCACGGGUCUUGAGCGGCUCAACCCGACUCCCCGGCCAACCACGUCUCCCUAUCUCGAAGGCAGAUGGAAAUUUGAGUGGUUUGGGUCCGGCAGUCCUGGUUUAUUUGCUGCCCGGGUUAUAUUUGAGAGAUUUCCUUCGACAUUGGCAAAUUUAUCCAAAAUGGACAUACUGAUUAAGGAUGCAAACGCAAAGGCAACCGCUAGCAUCAAGCUGCUGAACUCGAUAGAAAGCAACAUCAUCCUGACAUCGAAAUUAUCUGUUGAGGGUCCUCUCAGAAUGAAAGAAGAAUAUGUGGAAGGAAUGCUCGAGUCUCCAACCGUCGUUGAAGAAGCAGUGCCGGAACAGCUGAGAGGUUUAUUGGGUCAAGCCACCUCGACGGUGCAGCAGCUUCCUGCUCUUAUCCGAGAUACUUUAGCCAGUGGUCUAAGAAUUCCCCUCGCUUUGUCGGGUUCAGGUGGAUCCUUCCAGAGAUUCUUCAUGAUAUCUUAUCUAGACGACGAGAUCCUUAUCAUAAGAGAUACUGCCGGAGUGCCUGAAGUUCUGACGAGGUUGGAAACAGCAUCGUCGAGUUCUGUAGAGCCUCUUGAAUACGACAGCUAGGGCAUGCAUUGCAUCGCUCCUCUUCUUCUUCUUCUUCGUUACAAGACCGACAAUCUGGAUUGGUGUCUGUAAAAAUUCGAAGAGAAUUUACCAUGUUCGAGGCCCAGUUUCAAAGUUGAUUCCAAAAUAAGUUCACUACACUCCCGUCAUAUAUUAUAUUAAAUAUAACGUGUUAUUAUAUUAUAUUAAUAAUAUUAAACAAGCAAUAAGCAAAUUCCUUUGGCUUUGUCUGUA